ACGGGGCGGGGCAGAUAAACUGUGGAGGCGCCGAGCCGCUCGGCUCUCACUCUAGGGCUGGCCAUGGUGCUGCGUGGCGUCAGGGUUGUGGAGCUGGCAGGCCUGGCCCCGGGGCCGUUCUGCGGGAUGGUCCUGGCGGACUUCGGCGCUGAUGUGGUGCGCGUGAACCGGCUGGGCUCCGCGGGCGAGAAUUUUCUGGCCCGAGGCAAGCGCUCGCUAGCGCUGGACCUGAAGCGCUCUCAGGGAGUCGCCGUGUUGCGGCGCAUGUGCGCACGCGCGGACGUGUUGCUGGAGCCCUUCCGCUGCGGUGUCAUGGAGAAACUCCAGCUUGGGCCAGAGACUCUACUGCAGGACAAUCCAAAGCUCAUCUAUGCCCGGCUGAGCGGAUUUGGCCAGUCGGGAAUUUUCUCCAAAGUAGCUGGCCAUGACAUCAACUAUUUGGCUUUAUCAGGCGUUCUGUCAAAGAUUGGCAGAAGUGGUGAGAACCCCUACCCACCGCUGAAUCUCCUGGCUGACUUUGGUGGUGGUGGCCUCAUGUGCACACUGGGCAUUGUGCUGGCUCUCUUUGAACGCACACGCUCUGGCCGAGGGCAGGUCAUCGAUUCAAGCAUGGUGGAAGGAACUGCAUACUUAAGUUCUUUCCUGUGGAAAACCCAGCCCAUGGGUCUGUGGGAACAGCCUCGAGGACAAAACAUGUUAGAUGGCGGUGCGCCUUUCUACACAACCUACAAGACGGCAGAUGGGGAGUUCAUGGCUGUAGGUGCCAUAGAACCCCAGUUCUAUGCACAGCUGCUUAAAGGACUUGGACUCGAGUCUGAGGAACUCCCCUCCCAGAUGAGCUUAGCAGAUUGGCCAGAGAUGAAGAAGAAAUUUGCAGAUGUGUUUGCAAAGAAGACUAAGGCAGAAUGGUGCCAGAUCUUUGACGGGACAGAUGCGUGUGUGACCCCAGUGCUGACGUUUGAGGAGGCCCUCCACCACCAGCACAACAGAGAACGGGCCUCCUUCAUCACUGAUGGGAAGCAGCUCCCGAGCCCCCGCCCUGCACCUCUGCUUUCCAGAACUCCUGCCGUCCCAUCUGCCAAAGGGGACCCUUCUGUAGGGGAGCACACCGUAGAAGUGCUUAGAGAGUAUGGAUUCAGUCAGGAAGAGAUCCGUCAGCUGCACUCGGAUGGAAUCGUUGAAAGUGAUAAGCUAAAAGCCAACCUCUGACUCAGGUUCACAGCUCAAGAGAAUCUGAAGGCUGCAUCUCCACUGGAGAGGGAUGCCCACAAUUGUGUGUAUGGAAAUGUGGAUGAACAGCAAUGAAGUCAUCCAAAUAUCCCAAUCACGAUACAACGAAAGGCUGGUUACAGGGUAAUGAUUGUGCCCUUACGCUGCUUAUCAGAGCCUCUGAUUGAGGAAAUUUUUUGUGUGUGCACUGAUAGUAACUUGUGGCAGCUUUCUGCCUUUCAGUUCACUUGGUGAAGUGUAUCCAUUGAUUAAAACCCUUUUAUAAAUACAACUCUGAUCAUAUAUUAAAUGAACUAUUAUAACUUUAAUAAAUAAAACUCUUGCUUUCCUCCUCAAA